AUGACGCGUUACUUCCAAGAUUCAGAUAGCUGUACAGAUAGUCAUCAGAUAUGCGAGUACGAAAAUCUAGGAAAAGAGUUAAUGGGAGCCAUCAUGGCCUACGGCCAGCACUUACGGCAAAAGCACAUUGCAGGGCCUUCGUCAUCGCUUGGGGGGUGGAAGAUUAUGCAGUCAUCUAACCAGGAAAUCAUUCAGGAGAAGAACAGGGUCUUCCAUUUUUGUUCCUGUUUAAAAGUCGUCCUUGAUCUUGGCAUUGAGCAGCAGAUUAAGAAAAAUGAGUUGAAGUCGGCACAGCAGUUGGCUAAAGCAGUUGGUGCUGAUCCAGCAUUGAUUGUGCGAGUUAUGCGCGUGGUCAUGACCAAGUACGUCUUUGCAGAACCCGAACCAAACGUAUAUUGCCACACGCCCAUUUCGCGGACAAUGCAAGAACCAGCCAUGCGAGCUCUUCUUUUACAUCGUUUGGAUGAGGGGUUUCGAUCAGCAAGCCGACAGCCAGAUGCACUAAGACUCAACGAUUAUCACGAGCCGAUUCCUGGAGAUAUCAACGGUUUUAACUUAGCAUUUGGGAGUAUGGAAAGUUUUUGGGAGUUCAUGGACACCGAUAACAAACGUGGCGAACGCUUUGACCAAGCAAUGAAGGCCGUUACUAUUAACAAUCUGAGUGACAUACCGAACCUCUAUCCAUUCGAAAGCCUUGUCAAAGAUGGAGGGAUGAUAGUCGAUGUUGGUGGCGGUCUCGGUCAAGUAAGCCGACAAAUUCUUGCCUGUCAUUCUGAAGCACGGCUGCAGUGCAUUGUCCAGGAUAGACAAUCGGUUGUCAAUCCACCACUUAACGAAUCCGAGGAGAAUCCUGUUGAGAAUGGAAGUUCUUCAGCAUCAGCUCUGAGUUUUCAAGAACACGACUUCUUUAACCCUCAGCCAGUCCAAGGAGCUGCGGCCUAUUUAUUCCGUCACAUUUUCCAUGACUGGCCGGACGCGGCAUGUAUCAAGAUUUUGAGACAGACUGUUCCUGCUAUGGAUCCAGAACAUAGUCGGAUCUUGAUCUGCGAUCAAAUCGUGGACGAUAAGCUCCCUUCGAUGUCAUCAGUGUUUUAUGAUGUUGACAUGAUGACAUUAUUCGGUGGCAAAGAGCGUACUUUACCGGAGUUUCUGAGUUUGAUUAAGCAAGCCGAUCCAAAACUCUACAUUGAAAACGUCAAAAGGCUGGAAGAGUCUGGUACAGCUAUGAUCGAGGUUAGGCUUGCAUCUGAGAGUGAACAGGUUCCAGCCUAG